CCCGCCCCUCUUCCUCACUCUCUCACUCUGCCCGUCGACCCUUCAGCCUGAGUCCCCUCCCUCUCGCCGUCCUAAAAAACAUAGACCCGCUCUCUCGCCGUUGCACCUCCCCUCACGGCCUCACCUCUCGAGCCGUUCCCAUCGCACACACAGCCCCUCGGCCCCUCUCUCAACGCUGCUCUGCCCUCUCUGUAUCUCACCGUCUCACUCUCACGCAGCCCUCCCUUCUCUGACGCAGCCAGCAGCCCCUCUCUCACGUCUCUCUGUCUUUGACGUUUGCAUGGUAGCCCUUCAAAUUUUCAGAUUGCAGGCUGCCUAUAUUUAAUUAUAGAGAGAGCAUAUUUUUCAACCUUCACAGUAGGCAAGAGCUGCGGCAGACUCGCAGAGCGCAGCUUUUGGAGGUGCUUUAUAUGGGGCCGCCCGCCCUAUAUAAAAGUCCGACCCCUCACGCUCAAUGCUCAGCUCACGCGGCACAUGUAUCGUUCAUUCAACGGUAACUCAACGAAGAGUGCGUGAAGAGAGCUUCGAUUUUCUUCGAUCUCGAGAUCCUGUAAUUUCAAAGAAAAUGCCGGGAAAGAAAAACAGAAAAAUGGUUUCAAAGCCGAGCCAACCGACUACAAGUGCCUGCUCUUUGUCAGCUCUGAUUAGCAGGUCAUGAACUCCGUAAGACUCAUUACGAAGCAACACCCCAUCAUUUCUCUGAUAGAAUCAGACUCCACCUUCAAAGAGCUCAAGCAAAUCCACUCCCAACUGCUACUCAACGGUCUUCAUCACUACCCUCACCUCCUGGGCCAAUUUGUAGCCACCGUAGCUCUCAAGAACCCCAUCAAUCUUGAUUAUUCUCACCAAGUCCUCGACCAAUGUGGGAACCCUACCCUCUUCCCCUUAAACUCUAUGAUCAGAGCCUACUCCAAGAGCCCAACCCCUCAAAAGAGUUUUCACUUCUUCAACAGAAUUCUCCAAUCCACUCACAAUGUCUCUCCUGAUAGCUAUACCUUCAAUUUCUUGGUUCGUGCGUGUGCGCAGCUCUUGGCACGCGAGACCGGUCCGGCGGUGCAUGGUGCCCUUAUUAAACACGGGUUUGAGCACGACCCACAUAUUCAGAGUGGGUUGAUUUUCAUGUAUGCUGAAUUAGAUUGCUUGAGUUCAUGCCACCGGGUGUUUGAGGAAAUUUGUGAGCCAGAUUUAGUGUGUCAGACUGCUAUGAUCAGUGCUUGUGCGAAACACGGUGACGUUGGUUUUGCAAGGGAGUUGUUUGAUAUAAUGACUGUGAGGGACCCCAUUGCGUGGAAUGCGAUGAUUGCAGGGUAUGCACAGUGUGGAAAGUCUAGGGAGGCACUAAAUUUAUUUCAUUUUAUGCAGAUGGAGGGUGUGAGGGUCGAUGAGGUGUCUAUGGUUUCGGUCUUAUCUGCAUGUACCCACUUGGGUGCAUUGGAUCAAGGGAGAUGGGCGCAUGCAUAUAUAGAGAGAAACAAGUUAAGGGUGACGGUGACGCUGGGAACAGCACUGAUUGACAUGUAUGCAAAAUGUGGAAACAUGAAUAAGGCGAUGGAAGUUUUCUGGAGAAUGAAAGAAAAGAAUGUGUAUACUUGGACUAGUGCCAUGGGUGGGCUAGCUAUGAAUGGAUUUGGUGAGAAAUGUCUUGAACUUUUUUCUCUCAUGAAACAAGAUGGGGUUCUACCAAAUGCGGUCACGUUUGUCUCGGUUCUUAGAGGUUGUACUGUGGUUGGACUGGUUGAAGAAGGUCAUGAGCAUUUUGAAUCAAUGAGCAGAGUGUAUGGUAUUGAGCCUCAGCUCGAGCACUAUGGGUGUAUGGUGGAUUUAUACGGUCGGGCUGGCCGGUUAGAUGAAGCCCUAAACUUCAUCAAUAGCAUGCCUGUGAAGCCUCAUUCGGGUGCUUGGGGAGCUUUUCUUAAUGCUUGUAGAAUGUAUAAGAAUACAGAACUGGGUGAACUUGCCUCAAGAAAGAUAGUGGAGCUGGAGGCCAAGAAUCAUGGUGCUUUUGUAGCCUUGUCAAAUAUGUAUGCUGAUUCCAAGAAUUGGGAAAAGGUUAGUAGUGUGCGAGAUAUUAUGAAGGCUAAAGGUGUGAGAAAGCUCCCUGGUUGUAGUGUUAUAGAGGUAGAUGGUGAAGUUCAUGAGUUCUUUGUUGGGGAUAAGUCCCACCCAAGGUAUGAUGAAAUUGAGAUGAAGUUGGCAGAGAUCUCAAAGCGGCUAAAACUAUCAGGUUAUGUGGCUAUCACCAACCCUGUGUUGUUUGAUAUAGAAGAGGAAGAGAAAGAGGAUGCUUUGUGUAAACAUAGUGAGAAGAUAGCCAUUGCUUUUGGCUUGAUCUCUUUGAAGGAAGGUGUACCCAUUAGGAUCGUAAAGAACCUCAGGGUUUGUUGGGAUUGUCAUGAAGUAACAAAAAUGAUAUCUAAGACUUUUAACCGAGAGAUUGUCAUGAGAGACAGGAAUAGGUUUCACCAUUUUCAAGAUGGCGACUGUUCUUGUAAGGGUUAUUGGUGAAAUAACUCGACGUUUUCAGCUUUCCAUUAAUUUAUUCAAGGCGAGUUUAUUUAUUCUCUGACUGUGAUAUCAUUUGUAAUUUUUUUGGCUCUUAAUCAUAAAUAAAAAAGAUAGAUAAUAUACUUAAUUUCCUGAGUUUCCUCUCGUUGUCUGUGUGGUGUAUGCCAUUGGAGCCCAUUCUUGUACAGUGUAAUGUAUUUGGACAUUUAAGAGGAUUUUAAAGAGCGAGCUGGGGGUUAAAACAUUCCACAUGUCAAAUAAUUGCCUCACAUGUUGUACAUUGAUCUAGAUUCUGAAAAGUUAUUUGAUGUACUGCAAGUGCAAUCGAAGAUCAGACUGAAUUCUUGAA